CCUGAUAGUUGAGGCUCUUCCAUGUUGGAAAGAUGAGGCAAACCCGCUUGUGCUACUACAGAAUCCGGGAUGCGGCCUCUGAUUGGAAAGACCCUUCUCAGGUCCUUGGGGAUCUUUUUCAGAAGUUCACUCCCAGUAUGCCCAGUCAUAGACAGUCUGAACACACUAGUCUUUAAAAUGUCUAGAAUUACUUGACAUUCUUCAGUUUAAAAAAAUGAGGGCCCCAAAAACUUGUGAACGUGUUUGUAUUUUUAUUCUUUGCUGUUUUAAUUCUCCGUAGGUCCCAUCUACCCUUGACAAUUGAGUGGGACAGCCUGGAAUAAAAUGCCUUUUGGGGAUUGUUAGCUUCAUUUUAAGCUUGUCUUUUAGAUAUUUCUAGAGAAAAGAAUAAUAGUUCUAAGGAUCAAUUCUAAGUUCAUCUUGAUUUUUAAGCUUAUCUGGUAGUUUUAGUAAAGUGUGUUUUUUUGUUUGAUUUUCAAGAUCGAAAAAUGAGCAUCAAAUGAGGAAUAAAUCAAAUUUGGGAUUUUAAGCUCCCUGAGGAGGUUAAGCUCCUAGUUUGUAAUAUGUGAAUUUUAUUUCGUAACAAAAUUAUGACACUUUUAGUGAUUUUCCUGUGUUUUAUUCACUCAUAGAUUUUUCUAGCUCUAUAUAUAGCUGUGUGUUGUUACUAGCUUACGUAUAUGUGUGGUGUUUAUUUAUUCAUUUAUUUUUGCUUAGACGUAGAACAUUUUGCUUCAGAGCAAAGACAUGGGGUCUAGUCUGAGCUAAACUUUGCUGAGCCUGUAUUUCCUCAUUUGUAAAAUGAGUUGGUUUUUAAUCGCACUGUUUAAGAUUUCUUUAGGCCCUCAGAGUGUUUGGCUUCUGUGGGAGUGACAUAACUUUGAACUUCAACAGCAUUUUGAAAAACUGCCUUAUAAAAUAUAAUCCACCUUAAUCAUGACUGAAAAGCAGAAUUGUGAAGCCCAAGUUUGAUAGCAAUUUAAAUUUUUUCCUUUGUGGGAAAACUUGGAUCUAGGAAGCUUACCUCUCCUUUCCCUGCUUCCACCCUACUGCUGUCCAGGUUCCCAGGAUCCCCUGCCACCCUCCCUGCCGCUGUGGCUCAUGCUUUCUCCUGCCUAGAAUAUCAUCUCUCUUCCGUUCCCUUAAGUCCCUGAGUGGUGCAAGCGGUUUGCGAUCAUCUUCUAACAUAAAGAACCCAUUACCAGACUCGGGUUGACUACCAGGAAUAGGCAGCUUCUUCUUGGUCUUCUGGUGACCGGUGGUGUGUUGAAGGAGAGUAACUGGGCACUGAUGGGAUACAAAUGAACAAUUGUGGAUCUUUGGGGCUGUUGUGAAAUCAGGGUUUUCUGAGCGUCGUUCCUGAUGCAUGAAGUCGGUUCUCCUGCAUCCUGCUCCGUGAAUCCAGUGCGCACUUGAAUUAUGGUUAUAAAUCAAGGCCUCUAAAAUGCCCACUACAAAGAUGCGGUCCUGGAGGGCCAGCCCGAAGCCACAGGGAGGAGGACGGCGCUCCAGACAGCACAGGGCGAACACGUUGAGAAAAGAUGAAUGCAUUUCUUUACUCUGUCCUCACCUUCCUCACCUGGAGAGCAACGGUUUGUCUGCAAUGAGAGCAUCUUCUCUGCAUUUCAGGGACACCCAUCCUGAGCUGCUGUGAAUAACUUUGGGAUGAUACUGUGUAUUUCCAUCUAAUGGAGAAUUAGCUGGGUCUGGAAUACAGUUUGCUGCCCUGGACGACUUGAGACUAUAGCUCACAAUGUCAUCGAACCGGAGCCAGAACCCCCAUGGGCUGAAACAGAUUGGUCUGGACCAGAUCUGGGAUGACCUCAGAGCUGGAAUCCAGCAGGUCUACACCAGGCAGAGUAUGGCCAAGUCCAGGUACAUGGAGCUCUAUACCCAUGUGUACAACUACUGUACUAGUGUGCACCAGUCAAACCAGGCUCGGGGGGCCGGCGUCCCUCCCUCCAAGUCUAAGAAGGGACAGACACCCGGAGGAGCCCAGUUUGUCGGCUUGGAACUAUACAAACGACUUAAAGAGUUUUUGAAGAAUUACUUGACAAACCUUCUUAAGGAUGGAGAGGACCUGAUGGAUGAAAGCGUCCUCAAGUUCUACACGCAGCAGUGGGAAGACUAUCGGUUUUCCAGCAAAGUGCUGAACGGGAUCUGCGCCUACCUCAACCGACACUGGGUCCGCCGUGAGUGUGAUGAAGGACGGAAAGGAAUCUAUGAGAUCUAUUCACUUGCAUUGGUGACUUGGAGAGACUGUCUUUUCAGGCCGUUGAAUAAACAGGUAACAAAUGCUGUUUUGAAACUGAUCGAAAAGGAAAGAAAUGGUGAAACCAUCAAUACCAGACUGAUUAGUGGAGUUGUACAGUCUUACGUGGAAUUGGGACUGAAUGAAGACGAUGCAUUUGCAAAGGGCCCUACGCUAACUGUGUAUAAAGAAUCCUUUGAAUCCCAGUUUUUGGCGGACACAGAGAGAUUUUACACCAGGGAGAGUACUGAAUUCUUGCAGCAGAACCCAGUUACUGAAUAUAUGAAAAAGGCAGAGGCCCGGCUGCUGGAGGAGCAGCGCCGCGUCCAGGUAUACCUGCACGAGAGCACGCAGGAUGAGCUGGCGCGCAAGUGUGAGCAGGUGCUCAUUGAGAAACACCUGGAGAUCUUCCACACGGAGUUCCAGAACCUGCUGGACGCCGACAAGAACGAAGAUCUGGGCCGCAUGUACAACCUCGUGUCCAGGAUCCAGGAUGGCCUAGGGGAGCUGAAGAAGCUCCUGGAGACACACAUCCACAACCAGGGUCUCGCUGCGAUUGAAAAGUGUGGAGAAGCCGCGUUAAAUGACCCCAAGAUGUAUGUGCAGACCGUGCUCGAUGUGCACAGGAAGUACAACGCCCUGGUCAUGUCUGCCUUCAACAACGACGCUGGCUUUGUGGCCGCGCUCGAUAAGGCCUGUGGCCGCUUCAUCAACAGCAACGCAGUGACCAAGAUGGCGCAGUCAUCCAGCAAGUCCCCGGAGCUGCUGGCGCGGUACUGCGACUCCUUGUUGAAGAAGAGCUCCAAGAACCCAGAAGAGGCAGAGCUGGAAGACACGCUUAACCAAGUGAUGGUGGUCUUCAAGUACAUUGAGGAUAAGGACGUGUUCCAGAAGUUCUAUGCGAAGAUGCUGGCCAAGCGCUUGGUGCACCAGAACAGCGCAAGUGACGACGCUGAGGCCAGCAUGAUCUCUAAGCUGAAGCAAGCCUGUGGCUUUGAGUACACCUCCAAGCUCCAGCGCAUGUUCCAGGACAUUGGCGUGAGCAAGGACCUGAAUGAGCAGUUCAAGAAGCACCUGACCAACUCAGAGCCCCUCGACCUGGACUUCAGCAUCCAGGUCCUGAGCUCCGGGUCAUGGCCCUUUCAGCAGUCCUGCACCUUCGCUCUGCCCUCAGAGCUGGAGCGGAGUUACCAGCGGUUCACAGCCUUCUAUGCCAGCCGGCACAGCGGCAGAAAGCUGACGUGGCUGUACCAGCUCUCCAAAGGGGAAUUGGUAACCAACUGUUUCAAGAACAGAUACACCUUGCAGGCAUCGACGUUCCAGAUGGCAAUCCUGCUGCAGUACAACACAGAGGACGCCUACACCGUCCAGCAGCUGACCGACAGCACACAGAUCAAAAUGGACAUUCUAGCCCAAGUCCUACAGAUUUUAUUAAAGUCAAAGUUACUGGUCCUAGAAGACGAAAAUGCAAAUGUCGAUGAGGUGGAAUUGAAGCCAGAUACCUUAAUAAAAUUAUACCUUGGUUAUAAAAAUAAGAAACUAAGGGUUAACAUCAACGUGCCAAUGAAAACUGAACAGAAGCAGGAACAAGAAACCACACACAAAAAUAUCGAGGAAGACCGCAAACUGCUGAUUCAGGCAGCCAUCGUGAGGAUCAUGAAGAUGAGGAAGGUCCUGAAGCACCAGCAGCUGCUGGGGGAGGUGCUGACACAGUUGUCCUCGCGCUUCAAGCCGCGGGUCCCUGUCAUUAAGAAGUGCAUUGACAUUCUGAUUGAGAAGGAGUAUUUGGAGCGAGUGGACGGUGAAAAGGAUACCUACAGCUACCUGGCGUAGCCUUCCAGGAGGGUGUGGCCAUGCGACCACGCCACAAGGAGGGAGGACGCUGCCACCCCGCUCUCGGGGGCCCCCGGGCCGCCGCCUCAGCCGAGACCGACACCCCAGGGCAGCCUCAGGCCCACACCGAACCGCUCAGGACUGACACUUGCCGUCUGUGUUCACAGACGCGACGCCAUUUAACCUAAUUUAAGGACCGAGGGGACGGGCCUCUGCUGAGGCUGCAUGCGUCACAUCAGCACACGCGGCCAGAGGGCAGGUCCGCGGCCCCGCGCCGCCGCCGUGGAGACAUUUGUACAGUGUGCUUCAUUUUUUAAUGUGUGAAAAUAAAGAGAAUUAAAGGAUUUCUGUAAAA